AUUAAAAACGCCGCCGCCGUCCGCCACAAGUUGUUGUACCAUAUUUCCUGUCGUACGCUUAGGAUUACCAUGUUUACUUUGUUGUUGCAAUUUAUCUUAUUUAUAUAUCCAUUGUUUGUUAAUGGAAUUAAUUGUCUCUGCGGUGAGAAUAUUACGUGGUCUCACAAAGUGAAUAUGGAGGAUGUUUUCGGUAUGUGGUAUGGGGUUGGAUACGCCCAACAUUUUCCAGACAGGACCAAUAUACCAAAUGAAGUCGGGUGCGUCUCUCUCUACAUAACCGAUGUUAACGAAUAUGAAGACAAUUGGCAUGACUGGUCCUUGCAACAUAGAAACUAUUCAUCUGAAAAUUGGCAGUCUUCCAAAAGCAAUCCUUGGUCGCAAAACUCAAUGGCCGGUUCGUGGCCAGAGCUUUGGAUGAGGAGAAUUAAGAGGAACGUAGUCGGACAAAAACGUGUCCGUGUGUUGUGGAAUGAAGACGGUCGCACUUUGGAGCAGACAUACUUGUAUUACGAAGAAGAACCUGGUCUCUGGACGGCGGAGGUACUGCGCCCGAUGGAAAAGGAAUUGAUUUCUAGAGGCAUAGACGUAUGGUAUCCGGACGAAACACCACGACAUCCAGAUGUGAUCAGAUUGAUAGAGGUCACCCCUCCCAUGGUUAUACUGAACCAUUGCUCUGAGGUUGGCAACGGUGGUAUAUUCACCCUUAUCCUUCGAAGAUCGCCUGCAACUGUACACAGAUGGGAGUGGUACCACUAUCAACAACAGUUCUAUAGAUCUGAACUGCCCAACGUUUAUAGAUUUUCGACAAUUUGUUCUGGUUGUAUUGUAAAUAAUUCUCUCAUUGUUGUUAUUAUUUGUUUUGUAAGUUUAUUUGUAUUCUAAGGUAAAUAAAAAAGAAAAUGGA